CGGUCACCGUCUCUGACUUGACUGCGCAUGUCUGCGCUGCAGCAUGAAUAGCAGCCUUCAGCGUAGUAUCGCGGCUGCUGCUGGAGGAUCCUGCGGGGAGCGACGGCCGCCUUUCUGUCAGCACGCCGUCAAAUAGAGCACCUUUCCGGCUCUCAUUUAUUCCUUCUCGUGUUAUCUGGAAGGGAGGGUCCUGCUGAAUAAAAGGAAUUACAGACCCAGGAAGGGGCUGACAUGCCCAUCACUGCUUGGCGCAGUCGGUGCGCUGAUCGCUGUCAGACGCGGACGAGGUAAAGACCGGAAUGGGGCGUUUAAAUUGUCAUUUUUAACGCCGACGGCCGGUUCGUCAUCUGUUUUGGGAUUAUUUUCCGUUGGGAGGAAGGUGGAAGGUGGAAGGUUGAAGGGGUGUGUGUGGGGGGGAGGGGGGAGGGGUUAACUACAUUACCUGCCUGAUCGCAGAGCCGGAACGACGGGACAAAUGCAGCACAGCGGGUGUUUGGCUGCAGGUGGAUGGCCAACCUGACGGUCCCUGCCCGCCGCUUCUCUCCAGUUCAGCCGCAGCUCUAACGACAAAAGUGAAAAAACAGAGAUCGAGCGAUAAACCCGAGCCAUGCUUCCGGGGGUCGGUGUGUUCGGCACCAGCCUGACCGCCAGGGUCAUCAUCCCGCUGCUAAAGAACGAGGGCUUCGCGGUCAAGGCGCUGUGGGGCCGGACGCAGGAGGAGGCGGAAGAGCUGGCCAAGGAGAUGAACGUGCCGUUUUACACCAACCGGAUCGACGACGUGCUGCUGCAUCAGGACGUGGAUCUGGUCUGCAUCAACCUGCCGCCGCCUCUGACGCGGCAGAUCGCGGUCAAAACGCUGGGUAUUGGAAAGAACGUCAUCUGCGACCGGACAGCAACGCCUCUGGAUGCCUUCCGAAUGAUGUCAGCUGCUCAGUAUUACCCCAAGCUGCUCAGCAUUAUGGGAAAUGUGUUACGUUUCUUGCCGGCCUUCGUCCGAAUGAAGGAGCUGUUAGAGGAGGGGUACAUCGGGGAGCUUCUGGUCUGUGAGGCGCAGGUCCACAGCGGUAGUCUCCUGGGGAAGAAAUACAACUGGAGCUGCGAUGACCUGAUGGGAGGCGGAGGUCUGCAUUCAGUGGGCAGUUACAUCAUCGACUUGCUUACGUUUCUGACUGGUCAGCGUGCAGCAAAAGUCCAUGGCUUCCUCAAGACCUUCGUCAAACAAACGGAUCACAUCCGGGGGAUCCGUCAGAUCACCAGCGACGACUUCUGUACGUUCCAGAUGGCACUAGAGGGCGGCGCCUGCUGCACCGUCACGCUCAACUUCAACAUGCCCGGGGAUUUUCGGCAGGAGGUGAUCGUUGUGGGGACGGUCGGAAGGUUAACGGUCACAGGGACUGACCUGUACGGACAGAAGAACUGCGGAGAUGGAGAAAGCGGCGGAGGUCCUGAACUCCUGCUCAAAGACACAACGCCUCUUGAGAAGGCCUCCUUGCCGGAGAAGGCCUUCAGUGACAUUCCAUCCCCGUAUCUCACUGGAACGAUCCGCAUGAUCCAGGCUGUGCGGCAGGCCUUUCAGGACCAAGACGACAGGCGGACAUGGGACGGGAGGCCUCUGACCAUGGCCGCUACCUUUGAGGAUUGUCUUUACGCUCUUUGCGUGGUGGAUACCAUCAAGAAAUCUAACCAGUGUGGAGAGUGGCAGAACAUUGUGGUGAUGACAGAGGAACCAGAGAUCAGUCCGGCCUAUUUGAUCAGCGAGGCCAUGCGGCGGAGUAGGAUGUCGCUCUACUGUUAGCAUCCGGCCGAUGGGUGCAACCCUUUCAAAUGGCUGGACGCCUACCUUAACUGUAGGUGGCGUUGGGGUUGUUGGAACUUUAUUCAUUCAGCUUCCAGGUUCAGUUCUCAAAUUCCUCACCCGUUCAAUCUCUAUGGCUACUGUUACAGACAAAGAGGUUACUCCACUAUGAUACUGAGAGUUAUGGUUUCCUGAUGCGCUGCCUGAGCAGUCGAAGAAAUGCAAUGUAAUCAAUAAUCUAACCUUUAUUUAUAAGGAAGCCUUUCCUUUUUUGCUUUUAAAACAAGACUUGAAUCUUUCCAAGGAGAUACACAAUUAAAACUGAUUAAUUCAACCGAAAGAUAUAGUUCUACAGGGGAGUGAAACUAUUGCUACUGUGUUCUGCUUGACCAUAAGUGUAUUGCGCCUCUCAUUUCUAUGAACUAUGAACUCCUUACACUGUGGGGCCAAACAAGGACAGCCAAGGAAGAACGAUAGUCCUCUCAGUUGAAACUGUGCCGCCGUAUUGUUGCUGUAGUCUGAAGUACUUCCUAGUUUUACCAAGUGAAUGUUUUAAGAAGAAAAAAACUUUGCGUGCAUCUUCCUGCUCUAUAUGCUUCCUCUGUGUGUGUGAAACAAAAAAGAAAAUAAAUCAAUAGUUUGGCUGGUGGGUUUUUCAGAAGGGUCUGCCCUCUGGUUCUCGUAUGCAAUAUAUCCGGCAGCAGGAACUCCUUCGUCCUCCAGCUUGGAGCUAAGGGGUGAAACACACUCUGGUGUGCCUUUUAUGCAGUUACAGUAGCAUGUGAAUCAGUUUGCAAGUCAUGUAAGAGUAGCUAGUGCAGUGAUGCUUUGAUGUUCUUAUUUAUUUUGUGUUUUCUAUUCAUUCUGAUCCAUAGAAUUAUCUGUGGUGUGUGCAUAUCUGCGCUGGGCCAGUGUGGCGAAUAAUACAGUCUUGCACUUAGUCGCAAGUGAAUGAAGAGCAGUGUGAGGGUUUAAUCUUGACAUUGCAAUGCAAUGGGUUCACACUUGCAUCAAGCCACCGUGAUUUAGCAUUUAGCACACUUCCUUAACAUGCACAGUGGAAUGCAGGUAUGCCAGGAUGCUUCACAUGCAAGUUCCCAUACCUACAGUAAGACUGUAAACUUUGCAUUUCUUCAAGUUCCCGUGAUAGGUAUUAAACGUUAAGGCUGGUGUUAUUCUAUGUUCCCAUGAACAUGUUUCCUGCUCUGUCUGUGAAACUGGGACCCAAGCCCUUUGAUUCAUAUUGAUAACAAAUAAAUAAAUCUUUAAAACUCCACCUAUCAAUAUAUGUUUGAAUAACAAAAAUGUGAAAGUUGUCACUCGUAGUAAUGAGCCCACACUAGUCAGGUGCACUCAGUGGGGUGCAGAUUUCUGCCAGCUGUUCCUGUGCACUGACCAAUGCUUUAUUGUGUGAUUGUCAGAAGGCAGUCAACGGCAGUAUAAAACAGGUAAUACAUUUUUCAUUUAGAGAAAGUGUGAGUCACAACAAUCACGGGAGGUCCUUGAGCAUGCAGCCUUAACUGGCCACACUAACACCAUCCUCCUGGCAGAAAUAAUUAUUACCUGACUCUACUCCCUGUUGCAUUUUAGUGUAUUUCAAUUCGUUGUUUGGGUUUUAUGGCCCAGAACUCUGUUGUUUCGGUUUAACUCCCAUCAACCAGCUAUGGCAAAUUUCAGGGUAAACUACUCCACGGUAUACAACUUUAACGUACCAAAAACAAACAGACAGACAGAUUGAGCGAAUAGCAGAACAAAUUUAGCCGAAAGACAAUGAAUGAUGUACUUACAACACGUUACUACUAAUAAUAAUAAAAAAGUCUCUUCUAGCUCAUGUUAACCAAACAGGGGAACUAGUGUCAGCCCUUGAGCACUACACAUGUGUUGCUGGAGUGAGAGAUUAUAGAAUAUCACCACCCUUAUCUUCAGAACUCCAGUGGAAACGGAUUAAAUUAGAAGACUAGAGUUUGUAAAGAUGCAACCUGACUCAGUGUUUGGAUGAGUUUUGCCGUGUGACUUCAGGUUCAGCAUCACUGCAGGGGAGAGAGCAGCACCGACCUACAAGCCAAAAGAUUGAUUUUUUAAAAACGCGUCUCUGUUCCCCCUGUGUGGUUUCAACCUCUUAAACUGUGCUGAAAUACUAUCUGUGUAACAACUACUGAAAAUGUACAUAUGAAAAUAUGAUAAAACAACAAUAUGUGUUUGUCUAAAGGAAUAAACAAGUACUGUAUGCA